AUGCCCUGCCCGACUAAUGACGAGACGACUACCUUUGCUUGCGGGCUGAACGCAUCAGCAUGCGAGAGUAACAGUUUCGAGAUGUCAGGCGGCAGUGGGAUACAGCUCAGAACUGACCAGGUCGCGACGAUAUUGAGCUCCGUGCUGGCUGCUUCACCCUCUGCGACCAGUGCUAUAGGACAACCGACAGUGACGGCGACCUCUUCAGCAACCGUGGCCACAGCUGGAUUACAUACUUCUGAAGAACUUGCUGGUGUCGCAUGUGGUGUCGGCCUGCCGUUGCUGUUCGCUCUUAUUGCCUUGUUGAUCUUGUACCGCCGAGAGAAACAAAAGCACGCACCGCCAAAGCUCAUGUACAAAUUGCCAGACGAUCACAAAGUGGAUGAGUUUACUUUCCGGCCGCCCACUGCUACGGCUGCGAGCCGCAAGUCAGCAUACACGACCACCACAGCAGAUUUUGGCCCUCCAAGCGAUAGAGGCAGUUUCAGAACGGUCGGCAGUAGUCAGAACACAUCUCGAGUACCAGGGUUUGCAGAGAGAUAUGAGAGCAUGCAGAAAGUGGGCCACACGCAUGAGAAGGAGGCACAAGAGAAGCAGAGGCAUGAAUUGGAUUCGAGUGCAAUUCGGGACAUGAUACGCCAUGAGCUGGGAGAAGGCCGUGUAUCGCGGUAA